GGUGACAUCCAGGUGGCUCCUGAGGACAUCAAAAGGCUCUACAAGGAGUAUAAGAUGCUGAAGCAACAGAGAGAGGAGUCAGAUCCCACCCAACUCAGCCCUUCCUGCCCACCAGCAGCUCAGGAGACCCCAACCCAGGAGCAGGUGCCAGAGUCGGGUUGUUGGGGGUCACACCUGAACCGGCCACCAAAGCCCCCCAAGUCGGGGGGUGCUGACCCUGCUGUGCCCAAAGCCUCGUCACACGUUUAUGGGAUGAAGCUGAAAUCCAAGCUUGGAGCUGCUGGGAAGCCCCCCCCGCCACCCCCCAGGGGUAAAUUCCAGAGGCUGAAGGAAAAGGUGACACAGAGACUGGGCUCCCUGGAUCCUGCCUGGCUGCAGAGGUGCCAGGAGAUUCCUGGGGACAAAGGGACAAAGCAGGAAGUGGGAUGGGAUCUCCUGGAGCUGGAGGAAGGAGCAGCAGUGGGAGAUUCCCGGAGGAAAAGGCCGGGGGGAGAUGGAGCAGGAGCCCAGGAAUCGUUUGGUGCUGCCAGUGAGGAGAGGGAGGAGCACGUGGCAGCCCAGAAGGAGAGUGGGAAAAGAUCAGAUCCCAUGGGAAACGUCUUGGAAGAGCUGGAGGAAGGUGGGGGAGCAGCAGUGGGAGAUUCCAGGGGGAAAACGCCACAUGGAGACGAUGGCGCCGCGGCUCCCGUGAAGCUCCAGAGAUGCCACCAGGCCUUGGCCAAGGAAUCCUUUGGUACUGCCAGUCAGGAGAAGGAGGAGCACGUGGCAGCCCAAAAGGAGAGUGGGAAACCAUCAAAUCCCAUGGGAAACCUCCUGGAGGAGGAGCAGGAGGUGGGAGCAGCAGCGGGAAGUACCAGGAGGAAAAGGCCACGUGGAGACGACAGCGCCGGGUCUUCCAGGAAGCUCCGGAGAUGCCACCAGGCCUCAGCCAAGGGAUCCUUUGGUACUGCCAGUCAGGAGGAGCACAUGGCAGCCCAAAAGGAGAGUGGGAAAACAUGGGAUCCCAUGGAAAACAUCCCAGGGGAGCUGGAGGAGGAGCAUGAGAAGCCCAGACCCACCCGCAGAGCCGCUCCCCGGAGCGACGGCAACUUCGUCCGCCUUUGCCUGAAGAGGAAAUCCCACGUCCGUGGCCACGCCCUGCGGGGAAAUCGCCUUCGGAAGCAGGUGUGGAAGCAAAAGUGGAAAAAAAAAGCAGAGUGGCUUGGAGGAGGCAGCAGAUCCAGAAGCUCCGACCUUUGCUUCCGAUGCGGCGGGACGGGACACUGGGCAUCGACGUGCGGGGCGCAGGGAACGGCGCCCGGCGCGCUGCCGGAGGAGAGCAACCCUGCUGAGGAAGAGGAGGAGGAUCCCCUGCCCACCCUGGAAGAAGUGGCUCGCAGGACCAACACUGUAUUCCCAACAUUUUCAGGUGAGGCUCCACCGGGAUCACCUGGCUCUCCACUGACACGCCUGGAUGUGAGGAGGCUGGAACAUGAACCCCCAGCCCCCCCUGUACCUGUGGAGCCCUUUUACAUCCCAGAUCCAGAGGGGAAGGUGCCAGAGCCCCCGGAUCAGGUGUUGGAAGCCCUGAAGACCUUGGGAUACAGCUCUUUCCGCCCCGGCCAGGAGCUGGCCGUCAUGAGGAUCCUUUCUGGCCUUUCCACACUGGUGGUGUUAUCCACAGGGAUGGGGAAGUCCCUCUGCUACCAGCUCCCCGCUUACCUCUACCACAAACGCUCUAAGUGCAUCACCUUGGUCAUCUCUCCCUUAGUAUCCCUGAUGGAUGACCAGGUCUCAGGGUUGCCCACGUGCCUGAAGGCUGUCUGCAUCCAUUCCAACAUGUCCAGACUCCAGCGGGAAGCAGCCAUGGAGAAGGUGAGACAGGGAGAGGUGCAGGUCCUACUCCUGUCUCCAGAGGCUCUGGUCGGGGCUGGAAGUGGAUCAGGAUGUGGGUUCCUUCCCUCUUCCCACCUCCUUCCACCCGUGGCCUUCGCCUGCAUCGACGAAGCUCAUUGCCUCUCUGAGUGGUCCCACAACUUCCGGCCUUCCUACCUCCGGCUCUGCAAGGUUCUCCGGGAUCGCUUGGGCGUCCGGUGCUUCCUGGGGCUGACGGCCACGGCCACCGUGGCCACGGCGCGGGAUGUGUCCCGCAUUCCCCAAGGGAUAACUGUGCACUCAGCCUCUGUGCCCCCCAACCUGCACCUCUCCGUCUCCAUGGACCGGGAUAGGGAUCAGGCCCUCAUCUCCCUGCUCCAAGGGGAACGUUUUGGCUGCCUGGAUUCCAUCAUCAUCUACUGCACACGGCGGGAGGAGACGACCCGGAUCGCCGCGCUCAUCCGGACCUGUCUCCAAGGAAUGCUGCUGGGAACGCCGCCCCAGGAACCCACUGGAUCCCAGGAACCCAGUGGGAACGCUGCCCCAAAGAGGAAGGCAAAGGCCAAGAGGACCCCCCGCCGCCCCCUCAGGUGGGUCUCCGACGCUUAUCACGCCGGGUUAUCCGCCUCGGAACGUCGCCGUGUCCAGAACAACUUCAUGAGUGGCCAACUCCGAGUGGUGGUGGCCACGGUGGCUUUUGGGAUGGGCUUGGACAAGCCAGAUGUCCGUGGGAUCAUCCACUACAACAUGCCAAAGAACUUUGAGACUUAUGUCCAAGAGAUCGGCCGGGCCGGCCGGGAUGGGGAACCAGCUCAUUGCCAUCUUUUCCUGGAUCCAGAGGGUGGGGAUCUCCACGAGCUGAGGCGUCACAUUUAUGGGGACACGGUGGAUUUUGUCACCCUCAAGAAGUUGGUGAGGAUGGUUUUUGACCCGUGCAAAUGUUUGGAGCUCCACAGGAAACACCGGAAUGUUGUCAAGGACAUGGAGGUGGAGGAUUCUGAAAUGGCCAAACUCUUGGAAGAGAAGAAAGAGGAGGAGGAGGAGGAGAAGGAGGAGGAGGAGGAAGGCUCUGGAGCAGCUCCCCGGCGCGUCUGUUACAAGCACGAACGAUCCAUCCCCAUCCAACCCACCGUGGAGGCCCUGGAUGUGCGGGAAGAAGGCAUCGAGACCCUCCUGUGCUACCUGGAGCUGCACCCGGGGCGCUGGCUGGAGCUGCUACAUCCCACUUAUUCCUCCUGCCGGAUCCGGUGCUACGGGGGAUCCCGGCAGCUCCAGGCUGCGGCGCGGAGCUCUCCUCCCGUCGCUGUGUUCCUGGCCCGGGAGCGCCUGGCAGGGAGGGAUCACAGCCAGAGCAGCUCCUUGGAGUUCGACGUGAUCUCCUUGAGCGAUUCCAUGGGUUGGGAAGCACCCUUGGUGAAACGUUCCCUGCGGCAGCUCCAGUGGGAUCAGCAGCUACGUCGAGGCGGCGGCACUGGGACCAGCGGGAUCCUGGUGGAAUUUGGUGACCUGUCCUUCCACUUCCGCUCCUAUGGUGACCUCACAGACCAGGAGCUGGAUUCCCUCUGUGACUUCCUCCAUGGAAAAGUGGUGGCCAGGGAGAAGACAGCCCUUGGGCAGCUCCGGGCCUGCUUCCGGGCCUUCCAGAGCGUGGCAUUCCAGACCUGCGGCCUUCACUCGGAGGAGGAGGAAGAGGAGAGGAGCUCCAGGCUGAAGGCUCUGCUCCAUGACUACUUCCAGAAGGAAGAAGAGGAGGAGGAAGAAGAAGCCGAGGAGGAAGAUCUCGGCGAUCUCACGGUGAGCAAAUCCCAACUUUUCCAGAUCCGCGCCGACAUCCGCCGCUUCCUCGCCAUCCGCCCGGAGGAGAAGUUCUCUGGCCGUGCCAUUGCCAGGAUAUUCCAUGGCAUUGGCAGCCCCUGCUUCCCAGCCCAGGUUUUCGGCCGCGAUCGUCGCUUUUGGAGGAACCCCCUUCCCUUCAACUUCCACCGUCUUUCCCGCCUGGCCAGCGAGGAGAUCCUGGCCAGCAGGUGA